AUGAAAGGGAAUUCUUACAAGUUACUAUUCGGGGAUUCGAAAGAGACGAGUCUCAUGUACGAAGAAGCCUACUCCAAACCCAUUGGUCUUAACGACGAUAUUACGCCACGUGUCAUGCCCAAUAUUCUCCACACCGUACAGAAAUACGGCAACUAUUCAUUCUUAUGGAUGGGGCCUAGACCGCGUAUUUUCAUAAACGAUCCAGCUAUUGGAAGAAGCGUGCUUACGAAAAACCGUUUGUUUAUAAAGACGUUUAGCAUAGCUAACCGUGCGGUUCAGUUACUAGUCGAUGGGCUAGCCAAUGCAGAGGGGGCGGAAUGGACUAAAUCCAGAUCCAUGUUCAACCCUCUUUUCAAUAUGGACAAGUUAAAGCCAAUGAUGCCUGCAAUUCAAUCGUGCUGUGAGGAUAAAAUCAAGGAAUGGAAACGAAUUACUACCAACGAAAAUGGUUCGUGCGAGGUUGAUGUGUUUUCCGAUAGCCGAAUUGUCACAAGUGCAAUAAUGGCUCAAUUAAUGUUUAGCUCUACUUACACCGAAGAGAUCAAGAACACUUUCCUUCAACUCGGGGAGCUCGGAGUUUUAGCAAGGCUAGCUUCCAAACUACUAAACAUUCCCGGAGAAGAGUACUUGCCGACCCAGUCGAAUCGGAGGGUCAAGGAAAUCGAGAAAUACGUUAGGGUUUCGAUAACCACUAUGAUUCACGAUAGACUAAAGAGUCAAACAUCGGCACCAAGUAGUAAUAGGGAUUUAUUGGAUGUGUUAUUGAGCGAAUUGUAUAGUGGAAAUGUUACAAAGGAAAGUGAGCGUAAAAAGAUUAUCGAAAACGCCGUUGGAGAAUGUAGGGUUUUCUUCUUCGGCGGUUUUGAGACGAGUUCUAACCUGUUGACUUGGGUCAUGGUUUUACUCUCGUUUCACCAAGACUGGCAAGCACGCGCUAGAGAAGAGGUUUUACAUGUGUUGGGCAACAGGAAAAGCAUCACUUCCGACGACUUGAGCAAGAUGAAAAUUAUGACGAUGAUUAUAAACGAGACGAUGCGUUUGUACCCACCGGUGAUGGAAAUAUCUAGACUGGUGGCCGAAGAUACAAAGAUAAAUGAACUUAGCAUACCAAAGGACUCACUAGUCACAUUUCCGGUACUUAUGUUUCAUCGAAACACUGAGAUAUGGGGAGAAGACGCCGGAGAAUUCCGACCCGACAGGUUCGCGGAGGGGGUGUUGAAAGCAGCUAAUGGGAAUGUGGCUUAUAUGCCUUUCGGGUGGGGCCCACGCAUUUGCAUCGGCAUGAACUUUGCACUUAUGGAGGUCAAAACAUUUCUCGCAAUGGCUUUGCGUGAUUUCACGCUCGAGCUCUCGCCGACUUACACGCACGCUCCGGUCGUUGCUAUUACCGUGCAACUGCAGUUUGGCGCUCCGAUCGUGCUUACCAAAAUCUAG